GCGAGCAGUCAGCCGUCCGUGCGGCCGGCCGCCCGUGAAUGCGCCCCGCGCCCGGGGGCCCCGCGCACCGAGCGCCCCGCGUGCGCCGCCGCUGGCUCCGCGGCCCCGCGCCCCGCCGCCCCGGGGCCCCCGCUCCGCAGCGCAGCGCAUGGAGCCCGGCGGGGACCACCGGAGCCGGAGCGGCGGCGGCAGGGGCGGCCCCGGGCCCGCAGUGACCUCGGCACGGGGCCGACGGCUGCCGCCCACCGCAGCGAGCGGCGGCACGGAGCCCGAGGAGGACGACGGCGGACAAGCUCUUCAGCUGGAAGGGGGUGCCUUAGGGUCCUGGGGGAAUACCCCCCUACCCUCCUCCAGGGCCAGGGGACCAGCAUCUUCAGGCAGGAAAUACUCAGAUCAUUGUGAGGCUCGGGCCUCGAGGCCUGGAAAGAGUCGAAUCCCUGGCAGGGACCACCGGCGCUAUUACCACGACCACUGGCGGCUGGAGUACCUGAUGGACUUCAUCCCCUCCCGGCACGGCAUGGUGUGUAUGGUGUGUGGCAGCUCCCUGGCCACCCUCAAGCUCAGCACCAUCAAGAGGCACAUUCGCCAGAAACACCCCUACUCCCUGCACUGGAGUCCCAGGGAGAAGGAAGUGAUCAGCAACAGCUGGGACGCCCAUCUGGGGCUGGGGGCCGGUGGUGAGGCUGAGAGCCUGGGGGCCCAGGGGGCAGAGGAGGAGGAGGAAGAAGAUGAAGAGGAGGAGGGGGCCAACCUGCAAGCUUGCCCACCCAAGGGAUCAGGCAAAGCCCCAGCUGGUGGGGGCUGCCGGCGCCAGCGGCGAGGGGUCCGAGGGGGCUCAGUGGCACCUCGGCGCCGGCGCCUCGCAGCCUCCCGAAGGGCUGGGGGCAGCAGGGGGCUGGGGGCCCGGCGCCUGGAGCGGAGGCUGAAGGAGUCACUGCAGAACUGGUUCCGGGCUGAGUGUCUCAUGGACUACGACCCACGGGGGAAUCGGCUGGUGUGCAUGGCCUGCGGCCGGGCACUGCCCAGCCUGCACUUGGACGACAUCCGUGCUCACGUGCUGGAAGUGCACCCCAGCUCCCUAGGGCUCAGUGGCCCCCAGCGCAGUGCCCUGCUGCAGGCCUGGGGUGACCAGCCUGAGGCUCUGUCCGAGCUCACCCAGCCCUCACCAGACGACGACCUCGUCCCCCAGGACCUGACCAGAAAGAGCCGGGACUCCGCCCCCGCUGCUGGAGCCCCCUCCUCUCAGGAUCUCAGCCCCCCAGACGUAAAGGAAGAGGCUGGCUGGGUGCCUGAGAGGCCCGGGCCGGCGGAGGAGGAGGAGGGCGAGGGCGAGGGCGAGAGGGAGGGCAUCCCGAACCGGCCUCGGAGGGGCCGAGACCAUCGCCGCCACUACCAGGAGCGCUGGCGGCUGGAGUACCUCAUGGAGCUGGACGGCUGCCGACGCGGCCUGGUGUGCAUGGUGUGCGGGGGCGCGCUGGCCUCGCUCAAGAUGAGCACCAUCAAGCGACACAUCCGCCAGCGCCACCCCGGCUCCAACAGCCUCAGCGGGCCAGUCAAAGCCCUCAUCGCCCAGGAGUGGAGCGAAAAGGCCGCACACCUGCUGGCCCUGGGGCUGCCCAGGCCGGAGUCGCCCAGCGUGCCUGUCGCCCCCAGCACAGCCUCAGCCUCUGAGGAGGGGGGAGGGGCGGAGGAGGCGGAGCCAGAGGAGGAGUGGUGGGGCGACGCGCCGCUGUCCCCUGGAGCACCGUCGGAGAGACCCGCGGAGGAAGAGGAGGACGAAGAUGACAGCCAGGAGCCCGGGGGGCUGGCCUUCCCACCGCUGCCACUGCCGCCACCUCCACCGCCACCUCCACCUCCGCCGCGCAGCCGGGAGCAGCGGCGCAACUACCAGCCGCGCUGGCGGGGCGAAUACUUGAUGGACUACGACGGCAGCCGGCGCGGGCUGGUGUGCAUGGUGUGCGGGGGCGCGCUGGCCACGCUCAAGGUGAGCACCAUCAAGCGACACAUUCUGCAGGUGCAUCCCUUCUCCAUGGACUUCACCCCGGAGGAGCGCCAGACCAUUUUGGAGGCCUAUGAGGAGGCCGCGCUGCGUUGCUACGGCCACGAGGGCUUUGGGCCACCCGCCCCGGCGCCACGAGACAGCAGCGCGGAUCUCAAGCCUGGCACGGUGUGUCGCGCAUAGCAGUCACCCUGCGCUGCCCUGGCCCUUGGGCUGAGAGACCUUGAUGUCUGGCCCUGGGGUCCCCACCUCCCCGCUGGCCGGGCUAGGCUGGGGCCGGGGCCCGGGCCCGGGCUGGGGAUGGGAUGGCACCGCUGCAGUCCUCCCGUGACACUUUGCUGUGCCAGCUAGUACUUGCGCCUCUGGCGCGGCGCGCACUAACCCGGGGGUCCAGGCACUCUUUGUGCGGUGCUCCGCGCUUCCCGAAAAGCCAAAGCGCCUACCCAGUGUUCGCAGCGAGCACUCUUGGCCGUCCCUGAGGGCGCAGUGCUGCCAGGCAUGGGAAGGGGCGCAGCCAGUCAGUAUUAGGGUUGAAGGCAGGGCGCAAGGAAGCCAGGAAGGACGCGCUGGCCGCGCGCCCUGGCCAGUGGCCCAGUUCUGUGUGGCUUCACGCCAGCGGGCGCGGCCCUCGGCUCCCAGGCUGUGGGGUCCAAUUCUUGGCCUCUCGGAGGCCCAGGCGGUGAAUUAGGACUGAGCAGGGGGCGGGGCGUGGCCAGAACGGUGGGGCCCAGUCUGCUGGACCAAUUUCCCCGGUUGGCCCAGGGACAGCGAGCGCACCCAUCCUGGGCCACUGCCACGCCUUCGGGACCGGGGGCAUAAAGGGAUUAGCACUUUUUCUUUAGGCCCUCCUGUUGCAGAGGGCUUCUGUUAUCCACACGGUGAAGGCUGCGGGAAUACUCUUGGUCCAGUGCCAGUACCUUUCCACCUCAGGGCACUGGGGCGGUAGGGCUUUAUUACUGCCCCCUCUGAACGUGAAUUGCCCUCGGUGGACACGCUACUGGUUCUCAGCUCCCUGGGCUUGGGGCCGGGUCUCUGCCUCCUUUUCUCUUGCCGGAAACAGCGCCAGGCCCCAUGGUGCCAAAAGGGCCCCUCAAUCUCCCAGGCAGGUCCGAGGGGUAUGUAGAUUUCAUUCUCCCGUGGAGAACAGGUGGUCCGAAGAUCAGGCCCUUUUUUGCUGUUUGUAUUUUAUUUUGAAACUGUAUUUAAUGCUUUUUAUAUGAAGGGGAGAGGGGAACUGGCCCAAUCACCCUUAGGUGCAAAUGUCUUAUUUAUUAUGCGUGUAUCAGAGAUAAGCUGUGAGGUGGUGGAGGAAGAACUGAGAUGGGAGUGUGGUGAGGGGAUUGGGAUAUACUAGGUAUCUCCAUGUUCCCCUGGCCUUUUUGCCUCCAGGUCCAGUGUCUGCUCUUCACAAAGAGAAGUCACUGCAGGCACUGUGCCCUCCCUUUAAAGUCAGGGUGCGGUGGUCAGGGCGUGGGGCCUGGGUUCUGGGGCCAGUGCAGCCCUUGUGGUGAGAAAACAAGAAAAGAAAUCCCUUCUCACCCUCCAGAGCCGGAGCUCAAGGUUCAAGUGCCUCAGGCCCAGUUCCCUAGAUCGAGAGAUGGAUUUUAUACCACGGAUUUUAUACCAUUUUUUAUAAUUCAAGAUUGUCAUUGGGAAGGGACCCUGGAGCUCACAAACUGAUCCCUUUCAAAUCUCAACUCCCAGUUCAGUGAGCUUUGCACUAUAUUGCCCUGCUUCCAAUCUGGCAAGUUACUAAGAUUUCUUUACCUAUUAGGCCUGUUAAAGUGGGUGUUGGGCACUGCAGGCCCACAGCACUUGUGUACUGCACUUCCGGGAAUGAGGAUGCAGGCGGCUUUCAGCAGUGCGGGCUUGCCAGUCAGAACUCCAGGUGGGGCCCUCUUCCCCUGCCGCCGAGGUUCCCCAGCAGAAUUAGGCUGCUUCUCUGUGCUUGUUUUGAGGCCAUCAGGUAUUCUGGAACAGCUGCUGGCUCAGUGAAAUUCCAGUUUUGACCGGCCAGGGUUUUGGAGACAGUAUUAAAUUUUAAGAACAGAGACUAUGUAUGGAUAGUGCCAGGCUGUGCACUUACCCUUCUGCUUUCCACCUGCAUGUUUUAAGCUGAGGGUGAUUAUUCUCGCCCACCUCUACAUAAAUUGGAGCCGCUGAUUGUCGUUGCCAGAGCUCACUGCAGAAGUUCAGCAGUCUUCAGGGUAGCAUCAUUUUAGACACUUGCUAGAGACACAUUCUUGGGCCCUCCUCAUAGGCCUUUCCCAUACAGUUGCAACUCCCAAGGCGGUUGUCAAGUACCUCUGCAGUGAUUCUGCCAUAAUGACCUAUGGCCUCAAGGGGCUGGUGGGUCUCCUCCCUCUAUUCUGACAUGAACAGGUGAAGUUCCUUCAUUGUUUUGUUAAUGAUAUGCUUGCUAUUAUGGCCCAUAUGUAAAUGUUACUCUGGAUACAUAUUUAUAUGCCAUGUUACUUAGUGACACUAUUCAAACAUUUGUAUGUGUAUUUGUGAAGUUGUUUGCAUCAGUCAUAAAGUACCCCCCCUCCCCAACCCAGAGGUAUGUUGAAUAAAUCUAAAAGUCCAGCCUUAUGAGUCACAGCCAACUUAGUUUGGGGGCAGAGCAAGUCAGAGGAGUUCUGAUGUCAGACCAGACAUCCAUGAAACCAGUUCAGUUUCAGCUUUUGGCUGUAUGUGGUUUAGAAGCUGCUUCNUGUGGCAAGUGGGGAACCUUCCCUCCCAUCCCUAGGCAGGUGNGAGGCGGGAUCAGAGCCUUUCACCCCAGUCACUUCUAAGGUCAUCCUUUACAGGGUCUCUAACUUCAUUUUGGAAAACAAAUGUAGUGCAGGUUGUGCUCAGUGCCAUGGGAAUCCUUGCAAUCUUGGGAGUUCUUUUUCAAAAUUCCUGGAAUGAGGGUGGGAGUGAGUGAAAGCCUUUGCUCUUACUUCACCCAAACUGUACAAAGAAUAAAGUUGCAGACUGAUGAGACA